AUGGAUGCCACCUUUUCCAAGGAGGUCACGAUAGUUAGAAGGCUUUGUUGGAAUUGUGAAGGAAAGAAAGGGAUUGAAUUCUCAUACGGGACAAGAUUUGGAAGGAGGUCGACAUAUGAUAUGAAGAGUGCUGCAGGAAAGAAGAGUCAUUUUGGAUCAUUUACAGUUUAUCCACAGCAAAUACAACGGCUGCUGGAAAGCAACCCAGAAAGCCACAAGCAGCUAGCUAAUAAAAUUAAGGCAUGA